UGGGUACACUUUAGGGGUUUUCCGUAAUAAACUCUCAACGUGAACAUUUCAUCGUGUGAAAAAAAAGGGAUUUUACACACACCGCCAGGCGCCAGACUCUGCAAGGCUGCAGACAUUCCCUUCCUGCAUAGAUAUUCGUGAAUAGCUGUACAUGCGUAAGGCGCAUUGCAUACUUCACUAUUCGAGGAGAUCAAAUACGAUAUCCAAAGUACACUUCUAUAAUUUUUUAUUAAAGGCCAAUAGAGAUGAUCGAGAUUACUUGCAACGACCGAUUAGGAAAGAAAGUACGCGUCAAGUGCAAUGAGGAUGACACUAUCGGAGAGUUGAAGAUGUUAGUGGCUGCGCAAACGGGUACUCGCGCUGAGAAAAUUGUGCUGAAGAAAUGGUAUACUAUCUUCAAGGACCACAUCACCCUGGGCGACUACGAGAUUCACGACGGCAUGAACUUGGAGCUAUACUACCAGUAAUCAACACGCGACAACAGCUUAUUCUCAAUCUCUACACAUAGCCGUACCUACCUAUUAUAUUCUUACAUAGUGGCAGUGGUUUAGUAUCCACAAUGCAGGUAGCAGGCGGUCUUAUUCGUACACGGCAGGUAUACACAAUUCAUACACGGCAGGUACACACUGGCGUGGCCAUUCUUAGUGAUUCGAUCUCUUCAAGCCUCUCGCGUUACAAAGAAAUGCGCUUAACAACGCUUAGCAUGAUAGCAGCUGAUCGACGCCAGAGUAUGUGACAUCUGCUGUAUGCGAACACACCAACAAACACUCGAUAUUUGACGCCUAUAAGACACAAAGGGACAAAGGUGUCUGGAUCAAAAUACAAUAUUCAGGUUCGAACAUAGUUGAUAAAAUCGCCGGAGUGCGUUCGGCAUAAUACUUCCAUCGCAUUUUCGAGAAUGGUGAC